AUGGCUGCUCAGGUCGCCCCCGCCGCCGCCAGCAGCCUGGGCGCCCCGGCUCCAGCCGAGCUGAAGAAAGCGGAGGCGCAGCAGCGGGAUUGUCCCCCGGAGGAGGCGGGGGGUGAGGCGGCGGCAGAGCGCGGCGGCGGCGGCGAGAAGCAGGCGGAGAGCGAGGGCCCCACGGGGAAGGAGCUGCAGGACGGGGCCGAGAGCAACGGAGGGGGCGCAGGGGCCGAGUCCGACCUGAAGAGCUCGAACGGGAACCCGGGCCCCAGGCCCGCCGCUGCCGCCGCCACCCUGAACAAUAACCUCCCGGAGCCGCCCGGUGGCGGCGGCAGCAGCGACGGGGUGGGGGCGCCGCAGCAGCAGCCGCCGCCGCAGCAGCCUCCCCCUUCCCACCCGGCCGCCUUGCCCCCGCCAGCCUACGGCUUCGGGCAGCCCUACGGCCGCGGUGCCCAGGCUGCUGCCGCCGCCGCUGCGGCCGCCGCCGCUGCCUUCCACCAACAUGGCGGACAACAAAGCCCUGGCAUGGCAGCGCUGCAGAGCGGGGGCCUGGAGCAGUCCUACCCGGGGCCGGCGGGAGCCCCCGCGGGGCCGCCCCCUCCCCAGAACUCGCACGGCGGCGCCGAGCACGGCUUCCCCAACCACCAGUACAACUCCUACUAUGCGGCCGGGGCCGGGCGCAGCGCCGGCUCCUACCCGCCUCCCCCCCAGGCCUACGCCCUGAGCUCCCCCCGGGGCAGCGCGCAGAGCUCCGCUCCGGCGGCCGCCGGCGCCAAGUCCCCCGCGGCCGCCGCCUUCCAGCAGCAGCGCUUCGGGGUCAUGGGGCCCUCGGCCGCCGGCGGUGCAGGAGGAGGAGGAGGGGGAGCCACCCCGCAGCCCACGGCCACCCCCACCCUCAACCAGCUCCUCACCUCCCCCAGCUCCGCCCGCGGCUACCAGGGGUACCCCGGGGGCGACUAUAGCGGCGGGCCGCAGGACGGGGGAGCCGCCGCCAAGGGCCCGGCCGCCGCGGACAUGGUCUCGCAGUACGGCGCGGGCAGCAGCCAGGGCUGGGCCGCAGCGGCCGGCGGGGCCCCGCCGAGGAGCCACCACGCGCCCAUGAGCCCCGGGAGCAGCGGCGGAGCCGGCGGGGGACAGAGCCUCGGCAGGAGCCAGCAGCCUUCGAGCCCAAUGGAUCAGAUGGGGAAGAUGAGGCCUCAGCCAUAUGGAGGAAACAACCCGUACACACAACAACAGGGACCUCAGGCUGGGCCACAGCAAGGACAUGGCUAUCCAGGACAGCCCUAUGGACCGCAAACUCCCCAGAGAUAUCCUAUGGGAAUGCAAAGCAGGACGCAAAGUACAAUGGGCAGCAUCUCAUAUGCACAGCAGAUUCCUCCUUACGGACAGCAGGGCCCCAGUGCGUAUGGGCAGCAAACCCAGACUCCAUAUUACAACCAGCAAAGCCCUCAUCCUCAGCAGCAGCAGCCUCCAUACUCUCAGCAGCCUCCAUCCCAGACCCCUCACUCUCAGCCUUCUUAUCAGCAGCAGCAACAGCCUCAGUCUCAACCUCCACAGCUUCAGACAUCGCAGCCUGCGUAUUCCCAGCAGCAGUCCCAGCCGCCCCAUCAGCAGUCCCCAACUCCGUAUCCUCAGCAGCAGUCCUCAGCCCAGCAGCAUCAACAGAGUCAGCCUCCCUACUCACAGCAGCAGUCCCAGUCGCCCUACCAGCAGCAGCAACAAACUCAGCAGACGGCUUCCUCAGCUCUUUCUCAGCAGUCAUCUUCAUACCCUCAGUCACAGCCACAGCAGCAGCAGUCUGCGUACUCCCAGCAACGCUUCCCUCCUCCUCAGGAGUUAUCUCAAGACUCAUUUGGGUCCCAGGCAUCGUCUGCUCCCUCAAUGGCUUCCAGUAAAGGGCAAGAAGAUAUGAACUUGAAUCUUCAGUCCAGACCUUCUAGCCUGCCGGAGCGAUUUCAGUUACGGACCCAACUGAGAGAGGAGACGAGCUCGGUGCGGAGGCAGGCGGCAGGGACAGCUCGCAGCUCGCUCGGCAGAGGACGGUGUCUUGUUCUUCUAAACCCAGCAGGAGUGACUAGGCGGGACCUGUCUGGUUCAAUAGAUGAUCUACCCAUGGGUACAGAAGGAGCCCUGAGUCCUGGAGUAAGCACAUCAGGGAUUUCCAGCAGUCAAGGAGAGCAGAGUAACCCAGCUCAGUCUCCUUUCUCUCCACAUACCUCUCCUCACCUGCCAGGCAUCAGAGGACCCUCCCCAUCCCCAGUUGGCUCUCCAGCUAGUGUUGCUCAGUCCCGCUCUGGUCCACUUUCACCUGCUGCAGUACCAGGCAAUCAGAUGCCACCCCGACCGCCCAGUGGCCAGUCGGACAGUAUCAUGCAUCCUUCCAUGAACCAGUCAAGCAUAGCCCAAGACCGAGGUUACAUGCAGAGGAAUCCUCAGAUGCCCCAGUACAGCUCACCCCAGCCUGGCUCAGCCUUAUCUCCCCGUCAGUCCUCUGGAGGACAGAUGCAUGCUGGAAUGGGGCCAUACCAGCAGAACUCCAUGGGAAGCUAUGGACCCCAGGGUGGGCAGUACGGACCUCAAGGAGGUUAUCCCAGGCAGCCAAACUACAACGCUAUGUCCAAUGCCAACUACCCCAGUCCAGGAAUGGGAGCAAGCAUGAACCCUAUGGGAGCAGGGAGCCAGAUGCAUGGGCAGACUGGUGUGCCACCGUACAGUGGGCUUCCUCCAGGGAGGAUGAGCCAUGCAACCAUGGGGAACAGACCUUAUGGACCCAACAUGGCCAAUAUGCCACCUCAGGUGGGGACAGGGAUGUGCCCCCCACCAGGAGGCAUGAAUCGCAAAGCACAAGAAGCGGCUGCUGCCGCCAUGCACGCUGCUGCCAACUCCAUCCAGAACAGGCCUCCUGGUUAUCCCAACAUGAAUCAAGGGGGAAUGAUGGGCACUGGACCUCCUUAUGGACAGGGAAUUAACAGUAUGGCUGGCAUGAUAAACCCCCAGGGCCCACCCUAUCCAAUGGCAGGGAACAUGGCCAACAACUCUGCAGGGAUGGCAGCAAGCCCCGAAAUGAUGGGUCUUGGGGACGUCAAAUUAACACCUGCAACUAAAAUGAACAAUAAGGCAGAUGGGACACCAAAAGCAGAAUCCAAGUCAAAGAAGUCCAGUUCUUCUACUACAACCAAUGAGAAGAUCACCAAACUCUAUGAGCUGGGUGGGGAGCCCGAGAGGAAGAUCUGGGUAGAUCGUUACCUGGCCUUUACUGAGGAGAAGGCCAUGGGCAUGACCAAUCUGCCAGCAGUAGGCAGGAAACCCUUGGAUCUUUACCGGCUCUACAUCUCAGUGAAGGAGAUUGGAGGAUUGACUCAGGUCAACAAAAACAAGAAAUGGCGUGAAUUGGCCACAAAUCUCAACGUGGGCACGUCCAGCAGUGCAGCGAGCUCUUUGAAGAAGCAGUACAUCCAGUGUCUCUAUGCCUUCGAGUGCAAGAUUGAGCGAGGUGAAGACCCCCCUCCAGAUAUCUUUGCAGCUGCGGAUUCAAAGAAGUCUCAGACUAAAAUACAGCCUCCAUCUCCAGCGGGUUCAGGCUCAAUGCAGGGUCCUCAGACACCUCAGUCCACCAGCAGCUCCAUGGCAGAGGGAGGAGACUUGAAGCCACCAACUCCAGCAUCUACGCCACACAGUCAGAUGCCUCCUUUGCCAGGCAUCAGGAGUAACUCAGUGGGCCUUCAGGAUGCCUUUGCAGAUGGUAGUGAUCCUACGUUCCAGAAACGGAACUCCAUGACUCCAAAUCCAGGGUACCAGCCCAGCAUGAAUACCUCUGACAUGAUGGGUCGCAUGUCUUAUGAGCCAAAUAAAGAUCCUUACAGCAGUAUGAGGAAAGCUCCAGGAAGCGAUCCCUUCAUGUCCUCAGGGCAGGGCCCCAACAGUGGUAUGGGUGACCCUUACAAUCGUGCUGCAGGUCCAGGGAUGGGUAACAUGGCCAUGGGACAGCGGCAACACUACUCCUACGGAGGUCCUUACGACAGGGUGAGGACGGAACCCGGCAUGGGACCUGAGGGCAACUUAGCCACGGGAACUCCGCAGCCAAACAUCAUGCCUUCCACCCCGGAAUCGGGGAUGUACUCUCCCAGCCGCUACCCACAGCAGCAGCAGCAGCAGCAAAGACAUGAUUCCUAUGGCAAUCAAUUCUCCACUCAAGGCACAUCCUCGGGCAGCCCCUUCCCUAGCCAGCAAGCUACCAUGUACCAACAGCAACAGCAGAAUUACAAGCGGCCGAUGGACGGCAGCUACGGCCCCCCUGCGAAGCGACACGAAGGGGAGAUGUACAACGUACCAUACAGCGCCGGGCAGGGGCAGACCCAGCAGCAGCUGCCUCCAGCACAGAGCCAGCAACCCAGCCAGCAGCAAACUGCACAGCCGUCUCCCCAGCAGGACCUGUAUAACCAGUAUGGGAGUACCUACCCUGCUGCUGACCGCCGCGCUGCCGGAGGGCCACAGAACCAGUUCCCAUUCCAAUUUGGCAGAGACAGGGUCUCGGCUCCCCCAGGCUCCAGUGCUCAGCAAAACAUGCCUCCUCAGAUGAUGGGUGGUCCCAUACAGUCUACUCCAGAGGGCCCACAGCAAGGUGCCAUGUGGCAGGGGCGCAACGAAAUAGGGUACAGCUAUCCGAACCGGCAGAGCACGGGCUCUGCACCCCAGGGGCCUGCUUACCAUGGAGUGACUCGAACAGAUGACAUCCUGCAUUCAGACCAGAGGGUCAACCAUGAGGGACCAUGGCCUUCCCAUGGGAACCGGCAACCUCCUUAUGGUCCCUCUGCCCCCGUGCCCCCAAUGACCAGGCCCCCCCAGUCUAACUACCAGACUGCCCCUAGCAUGCAGAAUCACAUUCCUCAGGUAUCCAGCCCAGCACCUCUGCCCAGACCUCUGGAGAAUCGCACUUCUCCCAGUAAAUCUCCGUUCCUGCACUCGGGGAUGAAAAUGCAGAAGGCAGGACCACCAGUCCCUGCCUCACAUAUAACACCAGCAGCUGUACAGCCUCCCAUGAUCCGACGAGACAUCACCUUCCCUCCGGGAUCAGUAGAAGCAACGCAACCUGUGUUGAAGCAGAGAAGACGGCUGACAGCAAAAGAUAUCGGAACUCCUGAAGCCUGGAGAGUGAUGAUGUCUCUGAAGUCUGGGCUGCUAGCUGAAAGUACGUGGGCCUUAGAUACCAUAAACAUCCUGCUCUAUGAUGACAACAGCAUAAUGACCUUCAACCUCAGCCAGCUGCCAGGCUUGCUGGAACUCUUGGUGGAGUAUUUCCGGCGCUGCCUGAUCGAGAUCUUUGGAAUCCUGAAGGAAUACGAGGUGGGAGACCCAGGGCAAAGAACACUAUUAGAUCCCGAAAGGUUCUGCAAGUCUUCAGCUUCCUCUCCUGAAGAAGGGGAGGAGGAUGAUGAACCACGGAGCCUGAACUGUGAGGAGGAAGAUGAGGAUGAGGAAGAGGAGGAGGCUGCGUUUUCAAGCAAGGACAAAGUACCUCUAGAGAGCAGCGAGGAAAAACUAGUUAGUAAAUUUGACAAGCUUCCAGUCAAGGUGGUGCAGAAAAACGACCCCUUUGUGGUAGAUUAUUCAGACAAGCUGGGGCGGGUGCAGGAGUUCGAGAGCGGGCUCCUGCACUGGCGGAUCGGCGGCGGCGACACCACCGAGCACAUCCAGACCCACUUUGAGAGCAAGACGGAGCUACCUUUGUCUCACAAACGAGCUUCCUGCACGUCUGUCUUGAGGAAACGUUCAGCAGCUGAGAGCAAUCCGAGCACCAGGGAAGGAGAGACCCCUCCAUCCGACAGCUCCUCGGAGAAGAGGAUAACUGCCACCAUGGAUGACAUGCUGUCGGCACGUCCGGGCGCCUUGGCAGGGGAGGAGGAAGAGGUUAAAGCUCUGGAAACGGCAAAGGAAAGCAGCAAGUUUCCCUUUGGCAUUAGUCCAGCUCAGAGCCACAGAAACAUCAAAAUCCUGGAGGAUGAACCUCACAGUAAAGACGAGACGCCCCUGUGCACCCUCCUGGACUGGCAGGACUCUCUGGCGAAGCGCUGCAUUUGUGUCUCUAACAUCAUCAGGAGUUUAUCGUUCGUGCCGGGCAAUGACUUUGAAAUGUCCAAACAUCCCGGGCUGCUGCUGAUUCUAGGGAAAUUGAUUCUCUUACACCACAAGCAUCCAGAACGCAAACAGGCACCCCUGACCUAUGAGAAAGAGGAGGAGCAGGACCAGGGGGUGAGCUGCAACAAGGUGGAGUGGUGGUGGGACUGCUUGGAGAUGCUGCGUGAAAAUACACUGGUCACGUUGGCCAACAUUUCUGGUCAGCUGGACCUCUCCCCUUACCCAGAAAGCAUCUGUUUGCCUAUCCUGGAUGGACUCCUCCACUGGGCAGUAUGUCCAUCAGCAGAGGCCCAGGAUCCCUUCCCAACACUGGGGCCCAAUGCGGUCCUCUCCCCUCAGAGACUGGUUUUGGAAACACUCAGCAAACUCAGCAUCCAGGACAACAAUGUGGAUUUGAUUCUUGCAACUCCCCCCUUCAGUCGCUUGGAGAAGCUGUACAGCACCAUGGUGCGGUUCCUUAGUGACAGAAAGAACCCGGUGUGUCGAGAGAUGGCUGUGGUACUACUGGCCAACUUGGCACAGGGGGACAGCCUGGCAGCAAGAGCGAUUGCUGUGCAGAAGGGCAGCAUUGGCAACUUGCUGGGCUUUCUGGAGGACAGCCUGGCAGCCACACAGUUCCAGCAGAGCCAGGCCAGCUUGAUGCACAUGCAGAACCCACCCUUUGAGUCGACGAGCGUGGACAUGAUGCGCCGGGCUGCUCGGGCGCUGCUCGCCCUGGCCAAGGUGGACGAGAACCACUCGGAGUUCACGUUAUACGAGUCGCGGCUGUUGGACAUCUCCGUGUCGCCUUUGAUGAACUCUUUGGUUUCACAAGUUAUUUGUGAUGUACUGUUUUUAAUUGGCCAGUCAUGACAGCUGUGGGAUCCGAGCCCCUGUGUGCGUGUGCGUGAGUGGAGAACUUAGAAACUGACUGUUGCCCUUUAUUUAUGCAAAACCACCUCAGAAUCCACUGUCUACCCUGCGCUGUCCUGCUUCUCCCUUGGGGAAUGAUGUCCCCAUUCCCCCUCCCUUCCCCCUGCCCUUCCAAUUUGUCCUGAAUCCCUUAUUAAAGGAGACAAAGUUCUGUCUACAUAGGAGACUUUUUUUUUAUUUUAACCAAAGUUACUGUCGUUUACAGUGAGUUUGGGGAAACGACUUUGCCGCGUUAUCACAUUGACAGGCACCACUUUCCUAACUGUUUUUAAUGGUAAAACUCUUGAAGGACAAAAACAAACCCCAAGUGACUGCUGAACUCUGUGUGGUUUUAUCGUUGUACAUUCACAAUCUUGCAGGAACCAAGAAGUUAACGAGUGGUGAACAGACCUUGUCCAAGGGAGGCCUGUGCAGUAGCGUGUAGAACUUCAUGUACUGUACACCUUAAACUGUAAAACAUACUGUAAUAAUGUCUCACCUGGAAAAAAAAAGAGAAAAAGAGAAAAAAAAGAAGAAAAAAGCUGGCUCAGCAGCAAGCUGUAGUUUUUAAAAAUGUUUUUAGUUAAUGUUGAGGAGAAAAAAAAAAAAAAAAGGCUUUUCCCCCAAAGUAUCAUGUGUGAACCUACAACACCCUGACCUCUUUCUCUCUUCCUCCUUGAUUGUAUGAAUAACCCUGAGAUCACCUCUUAGAACUGGUUUUAACCUUUAGCCGCAGCCCGAACGCUGCCACGUGUGUAUAUAUAUAUGACGUUGUACAUUGCACAUACCCUAAGAUCCCUUGCAGUUUUGUCCCCCUCUCCCUUCCCCUUUAUAGUAUGACGAGUUAAACGAGUUGAUGACCUGCAAAAGCGAGACACAAUUAUUUAAUCUCUUGCCAGACAUCCCUCCCUGGAGGAUGCUGUACAGGUCUCUGUGUAUAAAGUCAUUGCUGUCUCAGCAGCCAAUCAACUUAUAGUUUAUUUUUUCCUGGUUUUGUUUUCUUUCUAAUCGAGGUGUGAAAAAGUUCUAGGUUCAGUUGAAGUUCCUGAUGAAGAAACACAAUUGAGAUUUUUCAGUGAUGAAUUCUGCAUAUUUGUAUUUCAGACGAUGUAGCUAAAAACUUGAUGUAAAUUCCUCCCUUUUUUCCUUUUUUGGCUUAAUGAAUAUCAUUUAUUCAGUAUGAAAUCUUUAUACUAUAUGUUCCACGUGUUAAGAAUAAAUGUACAUUAAAUCUUGGUAA